AUGGUUCAAGAGUUAUCCUUGUUGGAAAGCCCGAAUGAAAACAUUGUUCAAUCAAUUGAUAUGGAUUACUUUUAUUAUGGAGGAUAUCCUCGAGAAUUUACUGUAAUUGAAGAUCACAAAGCGGAGAAGGGUGAAGAGAUUGAAUUGAGAAAAGGUGAAAUAAUAUUUUGGGAGAAAGCUUGGGAAGGUAAUCAAUUCAACGGAUUUGCUUUGGGAACGAAUCGGAGAACGGGAAAACGAGGACUCUAUCCAAAUUCAAAAGCUAUGGAAAAAUGGAGGACUUAUAAUUUUGAAAUCCCCAAU